UCCCCAACCCCACCAACCAGACAUAACCAGCUCCCAUUUCCUCUUUGCUGUGAUUCUGUCGCUCGCUUUCUUGGUGUUGAUUGGUUCUUGUGGUCGAACGGCGGACCUUCUCUUCCCAUUCUCUUCUUGGCAAGACGAAGGCAGCCGAAAUUCCGAGGAGAGAGAGAGAGAGAGAGAGAGGACCAGCUCUCUUCUGCAGAGCCAGAGAGGGGAGGCAGAUCUGCGCAUUGCAGCCUGGCAUGUUGAAGUGAUUCACAGCUGAGAAUCCGUCCAUCUCUCUUAGCUUCGGCCGAGGGAACAGUGAUGGAAGUCUAUAGAUCAUCGUGAGAGAUGAUUGCAAGGAAGUGAAGCAGAUUGAAUUGCCACAUUAGAUAUUUGAAAUCAUGCCUUCCAUUAUAGAGACAAAUAAAACAAAGGAUGCAGAAUCCAUGGUGACGGAAUAUAAUUCACCGGACAAGAGAAGUUCACUUCAGCAUCAGUCCCCAAGAUUAUCGAAAGAGAGGGAGUUAUCCCCCAGGCAAAGCAGGAAUAUGAAAUUGCUAGAGAAGGAUAAGGCCUUGAAAACUACAAAGUUCAAUAGACUAACAAGUUCAGAUAAGGGGGGCUUGAUCUCACCUAUGCCCUUGCGGCCAUGGCCUGGUAGGAAAUCUACUGGGAUCGAAGAGCCAGUAAAACACAUGUCAAAUGUUCCAGGUUAUCUCCAACACAUGGAGAGAGGAUAUGAUGUUCAGGAGAAGGCACUGAAUUUUGGAGUCCUUGAUUGGGGGCUUCUUGAGAAAUGGACUUACCAGCAGAAACACAUCGUUCAUGGGGGAAGUGGAAAUUCUUCAUCUAGUAGUAACGAGUCCUCAUCAUUUUCGACAUUUGUGUCAUCUUCCCAAUCUCGUAGAAGCACAGCUAGCCCCCUUUCUCAAACAGAGCUCUCUGUUCCUAUGGAUGGUCAUUGGAAUCCAUCUGUUCUAAGUAGCCGAAAUAAGUUGAUGGAGGAGGAAAGAUCUGGGCGUGUUUUGUGUUUUUCUGGUUCAGAAGCUUCACCCAUAAAAUUUCCUUCUGGGCAUGACCGGCAACUUGAUUCAGAUUAUGGUACCAGUACUGAUUGCUUGCGGCUCAAGAAUGGUAAAGACGGAGUAUGUUCAGAUGGCGAAGCCAUAUUCCAGAAUGUAUCCCUGCCUCCAGAUGUUGGGAAUUCAUGUUCGACAUACAAGAACUAUGAUACCUCAGAUUUUACACAUAAGGCUGCAGAGGCACAAGAUUGUAGAUCAAGUAAAGAAGGAAGGUGCCAGGGCUACCAUAGCAGCCUACUCUCAGCCAAAGAUUGGCUAGAAAAACAAUGCUUAGAUGAAUCACCAAAGAAGGAAGGCAUGCGGGGACAUCUACAGCAGAGUGUUCGUGCAAAAGACAAAAGCUUUGAGUUCUCUGUAUCUAAUGAUGGAAGGUCAAUAGAGAAAACCCAGAACAGUCCUUCAAAUAGCUCUCCUGAGAUUGUCCAAUCUGUCUUUCAAUCUCCUCAUGUUCCCCACUCAUGUCCGCUCCCUUGUUCCAUUUUGGCUGAUGAACCUUAUUCAGCCAGCAUCAUUCUGCAAGAAAAUGAAGUAGCAACCACUAAAUCGAGUGGUCCAAUUGUGAAACACAACCAUGUCACUGGAUAUUCUUGUGAUCAAUCUGCAUUUAGGGCUGAUAGAUUAGGUCAAGGUGAAGCAAAAGAAGCCAGUGUAACAGGAAGAAAAUUGCCUGACCAUCUAUCCAGUGCUGGGAGCAUAAGAUCUAGUUUACGGGUAAAACAAUCAAAAUCUAUUACUUACCCAGAUAAAACUGAUGGAGAUAAAGCAACCACUAAUAACAGAGGUAGGCACAGUCCAUUGAGGAGGUUGCUAGAUCCAUUACUGAAGCCAAAGCAUCACAGGAAUAUUUCUGCUCCAAUUGCAGCCCUGCCCAUUCACCACUCUUAUGAAUUAAGUGACGCUGAUAAGCCUUGUAUACAGGAAGAAUUAGCAUUAUCAUGUGUGCCAUUCGCAUCAUUGGAUACAGGCAUUAAUUCCAAUUGGCAGGCAAAUGGAAACCCAAACUCCUCAAGCCCGCUGCGCACCGACAUCAGUGGGUCACUUCAAGGUAAGGGGCAGGCGGCAUCAAUGAGACAUGCACUUCUGCAACUUGCUUGGAAGAAUGGUCUGCCUUUGUUUAUGUUCUCAUCCAAUGACAGCAAUAUUCUCGCAGCUACAAUAAGGAAGAAAAGCAUCUCAGAUAAAGACUGUUGUGAAUGCAUUUAUACGAUUUUUUCUGUGCCUAAAGUUAAGAAGAAAAGUGGGGUGUGGAUUAACCCUGGAAGCAAGAGUAGAAAGCGUGGCUUGCUCUCUGAUGUUGUGGGCCAAAUAAAGGUUUCAUGUUCCAAGUUGACCAACUAUGAUUCCAAGAGUCAUUCUGUCAUAAGAGAAUUUGUUUUGCUUGGUGCUGAACCAUUACCGACAUCCCACGAACCUGUUGGUUCCCCAUUCAGCACGGAGCUCGCAGCUGUCAUUGCUGAGGUUCCUCAGGAGAGGCCAGGAAGUCAUGAUGUUAAUGUACUACGCUGCAGCAAAUGCAGAUACCUGUCACCAAUGAAUUCGGCAGAAAGUUUAUGCUCCUGCUGUGGACAAAAUGGUCUGCAGAUUGAGCAGAGGAAUGAUGAUUCAAGCUUACCUACUCUCACAGCCGUACUUCCAAGUGGGGUUCAUGGCUUGUCAGGUACAGGAGUGCCAUCCCCUUUGAUCCAAAGAUGGAAAUCCGGCGGAACAUGUGAUUGUGGAGGUUGGGAUGAGGGUUGUUUGCUAAUGAUUUUAACUGACAAGUUCCAAGAGAAGAGGAGCCCCGCUUCAGCCAAAGCUUAUUGCAAAACAGAUGGUACUCACCGAUUUGAAUUGUUCGUUCAGGGCGAAUCUCUUGAAAACAGACAUGCCUUCAGCAUGAUUUCCUUCAAAGAGGGCCUGUAUACAGUUGAUUUCAGGGCACCCAUUGCUUUAUUGCAGGCUUUUGCAAUUUGUAUAGCAAACCUCCACAGCAGGAAGCCUUGAUCACUCAGUGGAAGCACCUGCCUUGCAGGAACGCGUCUUUGCUGAGUAUGCAAGAAGGAGUUCUGAGAUCUUGCAGGAGGGAGAUCCUGCAAGUAAUGUACCAAACCAUCCAGCUCUUUUCCCUGUCGGAAGGGCUUAAUUGCCUCACUGAUCAUUGGAGUGAGGGGUAUGGUAUUUCGGCUUGUGCUCCUUCCGACUGCUUACGAGUUAAUAGUGAUGAUGGAUGGAUCAUCCCUCUAGUUACAGCUAUCUUUUUUUGGUAAAUGUUACAGCUAUCUUCUAUUUGCUAACAUACCUUACCAGAGCUAGAGAAGAUGACUCCUGUGUGACCAAAAUGUGCGUUACAGAGGUUGGCAUCAUAUUGUUCUUGUUUCUUCUUAAACUUGGUUUUAUUAUGUUGUCAUAUAAAUAUUAACAGCAGCAGAGGAAACUUCUUCACAAUAGGAGAUGAGGCAUCUUGAUAUCAUAUUACCUCAUGAAAAAAUUGGAAAGAAAUUUUCUUAUGCACUCAA